AUGGAGCAAAUGUCCGACAAAUUUCGGUGGGAGGUGAAAGAGGUCAAGCGGAUACGAAACGCGGUUCGCCGACGCCAGAGUCGAAUAGCUCAGGCGAAUCUCCGCGCUUGCUGCGCCAUCAUGAUCCAGGCCACGUGGAGAAGAUAUCAGGCAAAGCUCCUGGCAUGGGCCCGGCGGGGCCUGAAGCUCGGUCAGAUACUGAUGCGGUGGUGGCGACGGGCGUACAAGAGCAUGUGGGACUCCCGGCACCUGCCAGGGAGGGCGGACAAGACUACGACGCUCAACCCUCUCGUCCCGGGCACGUAUUUUAGUACGGGGCAAAACUUCAAAGUACGUCAAAGCUUGAAGAUAGUGAAGCGGUUCGUCAGCAACAACGUCCAACGCCACAGACGACUAAAGUACGAAAAACAGAUAUCGUCAACGAGGGUUCAGAGGGCAUGGAGACGGUGGAUGUUGCGCAUGAGCUUGAGCCGGAUGGUGUUGGCCACGGCUGCAACCGAGGAGGUAAUUGAAAACGUGCUGAUGGAACUAGCCCGGCAGGUGUACGUCGAAAUCAAAGGCGCGGUCAUAGCGCGGGCGUGGAAGCAAUCCCGAAGACGAUUCGGCAGCAAGAGCCGCAAGGGCAAGAACGGGCGGGUUUUCGUAACUCAGGGCGGCGGCUCGUCCCCGCGACGAAAGCCCGCCAGGGUGGGGGGCUCGCGGACUGGGGUGACGUCGGACCCUUCCUCUGCUUACCCCCCCCGGCGUUCCCCAUCCGCCGCACCCGGUAACCGGGGCGGGAACAGGGGCAAGAACGGCCCGGCGGUUGCCUCCCCCCCUCCCGCUUUCCUCGGCGUCGUCGCCGCCGCCACGACAAGCACGGCCACGUCCGCGGGCGCGGCAGCGGUUGCUGCUGGUGGCGCCGGUGGCGACACGAACGAGGAGCGUCGGGGGUCGUCGCAGAGUAGUAAUCCAUUGCCGUCGUCACGUCAAAAGACGGUUUCGCCCUCCGAGGACGGCAGCAGCGCGCUUUACCCGCACCCGCGCUCUCGACGGGCGCGCUCUUCUGCCUCGGCGACAACGGAAGAAGAGGCGUUACGCGACGGGGGCGCCGGGGGCUCGAAAGUGCCGGACUCGUCGAGCGCUAACCGACCACCGUUUGAAGCCGUUCCGGGAGUCGAGAGCCCGAAGAGCGAGAUGAGCUGCAGUAGCAGCUACGGUGUCGGUGACGGCGGCAGAGACGUUUUUGGACGCGUCGAAGACGAUGCUACUACGGGUGCGGUGGAGGGCAGCGUGGUAGACGGGGGGACAACGCUGAACGAGGAGGCACAAGAGCAAGCCAAUGCCACUUCUACUGUGGCUGCUGCGGCCGUGGCGGUGGCAUCGUCUUCGGGGAAAGUGGUGAAACAACCCAUGCGGCCAAGCGGUGAAAAACCAAGCAAACUGUCAGAGGGUCGUCGCAGCUAUAGCAGACCGCACGCAAUCCAGGUCGGAGGCCGAAGCAGACUUCAUAGCAGUGGUGCCGAUGGCGGUAGCAGGACCGCAGCGGCAACAAAGGAAGUGGUGGCAUCUGCGCUUGCUGGGAGUAGUGCCGAGAGUAACAACGGUGACCCUCUCGCAGCUGGAGAAGCAACAACGGCGGCGGGUUGUGUGACCGUUGCUUCAGGCGCUACGGGUGCCGAAGACACCGAGGCACUCCCCGCAGCUGGUGGCCUUGGAAAACGCGAGGUGAAUUUUGAGGAGACGGUUCGACUUGGAGGGGACGAUGAUGGCGACGAUGGUGAUGGUGAUCGUGACAACGAUGACGAUGACGAUGAUGAUGGUGAUGCGAACAAGAUCCCGGCGGCGGUCGGACCGGACGAAAUAGACGCGGGCUCUAAAAAAUCGAAGUUAGAAGAGUAUGGUAGCGACGUGUUUGAAAGCGACGGCGAGCUUUCGUUGACACGCUGA